AUGGCCGAUAGACUUACCAGAAUUGCCAUUGUUAGCACUGAUAAGUGCAAACCAAAAAAAUGUAGACAAGAGUGUAAAAAAUCAUGUCCAGUGGUGAGAAUGGGCAAGCUUUGCAUCGAGGUCACACCCGAUAGCAAAGUUGCUUUUAUAUCCGAGGAACUAUGCAUUGGCUGUGGUAUCUGUAUCAAAAAAUGCCCGUUCGGUGCUAUCAUGAUCAUAAAUUUGCCCACGAAUUUGGAGAAAGAAGUUACACAUCGAUAUUCCGCGAAUUCCUUCAAAUUGCAUCGAUUACCGGUUCCUAGGCCUGGUCAGGUGCUGGGGUUGGUUGGUACGAAUGGUAUUGGCAAAAGCACAGCUAUCAAAAUUUUGGCGGGAAAAUUGAAACCUAAUCUUGGACGAUUCGAGGAUCCACCAGAUUGGCAAGAUAUUUUAAAAUAUUUCCGUGGUUCUGAACUUCAAAAUUACUUUACAAAAAUAUUGGAAGAUAAUUUAAAGGCUAUAAUCAAACCACAAUACGUAGAUCAUAUUCCAAAAGCUGUAAAAGGUUCGGUCACCACACUGAUCGAUGGUAAACUGGAGCGAAAUAACAAAGAAGAUAUUGUCGAUGCGUUGGAUUUAAAGGAUGUGCUCAAUCGUCAAGUAGAAGAAUUAUCUGGUGGCGAACUUCAACGGUUUGCUAUUGGUAUAGUGUGCAUUCAAAAUGCUGAUAUCUACAUGUUUGACGAGCCUUCAUCCUACUUGGACGUUAAGCAAAGAUUGAAUGCUGCUAGAACAAUAAGAAAUUUAUUGGCACCUACUAAAUAUGUCGUAGUAAUUGAACACGAUUUAUCAGUUUUGGAUUAUUUAUCGGAUUUCAUAUGUGUAUUGUAUGGAAUGCCCUCAGUCUAUGGCGUUGUUACUAUGCCUUUCUCUGUUCGGGAAGGAAUCAACAUCUUUUUGGACGGCAAAGUGCCUACAGAGAAUUUACGUUUCCGUGAAGAAUCUUUGACCUUCAAGUUAGCAGAAACCGCUGAAGAUGAAAAAGAAAUAGAGAAACAUCGACGAUACAAAUAUCCUGCCAUGGCCAAAACCUUAGGUGAUUUCAAGCUUCAUAUACAGCCAGGAGAAUUCACCGAUUCCGAAAUUAUUGUUAUGCUUGGUGAAAAUGGCACAGGCAAAACUACGUUUAUUCGUUUGUUGGCCGGUGGACUUCAACCAGACGGUGAUGAAUCCGUUCCCGAACUAAAUGUCAGCUAUAAACCUCAAAAAAUUUCCCCGAAAUUCCCAGGCACAGUUCGCAUGCUGUUCCUCAAAAAAAUAAAAUCUUCGUUCAUGCAUCCUCAAUUUCAAACGGAUGUUGUCAAACCGAUGCAAAUUGAUCCGAUUAUCGAUCAGGAGGUCACUCACUUGUCUGGAGGUGAACUUCAACGUGUUGCUCUUGUCUUGGCAUUAGGUCAGCCGGCUGACAUUUACUUAAUUGAUGAGCCAUCUGCUUAUUUGGACUCUGAGCAACGUAUUAUUGCUGCUAGAGUUAUUAAGCGAUUUAUUCUUCACAAUAAGAAAACAGCUUUUGUGGUGGAGCACGAUUUCAUUAUGGCCACAUAUUUGGCCGACCGAGUCGUAGUUUAUGAAGGCACGCCAUCUGUAGAAGCGACAGCGAACUCACCUCAGUCUCUGUUGACAGGUAUGAAUGCUUUUCUAUCGAGUCUUCAAAUCACUUUCCGACGUGAUCCCACCAAUUUCCGACCGAGGAUUAACAAGCAAGACUCGCUAAAAGAUAAAGAACAGAAAUCCAGUGGUAAUUAUUUCUUUUUGGAAACCGAAAGUUGA